AUGCCGCCACCAUCAAAGACGGUUCAACGGGACUCUUUCGCCUUGGCGGUGUUCAACGCCUACAAGUCGAAUCGGUCCCUCUUGUUGAACGCCUCGUACAUACUUUUGAUCACGGCCGCCUUUUCUGGUGCUACAAACAGCUCGUCCCCCAGCAAGAAAAAGGAAAAAGAGCCUACUUCUGAGGAGUUGGAACAAGCAAAGUCUACUAAGAAGCCUAGGCUUACAAAGGAAUCACUCCGGAAGCUCCUCAAAUCGGCCAUCCCUUCUUAUGUUAACCCUGUUGUGGGAUACUUCAUCGCCCACUUGGUGCUCUUGGUUUGUCGUGCCUUGUUGACAAUCAAGGUGGCAAACUUGGAUGGUUUGCUUGUGGGUGCUUUAGUUUCCAAGAAGCUCAAGAAAUUUGGUAAGCUUUUGGCAUUCUGGAUGUUUAUUGGUUUCCCUGCUUCUUUUGUCAACGCCUUGCUUAACUGGACAAAAGACAAGAUGCGUCAGCAUUUGCGUAUGAACUUGAAUAAUGGAAUUAUUGAAGACUACCUUCCCGAUAACUUGGAUCCAAACUACUACGCUUUGAUCCAGUUGUCCGAUAGCAAGAUCAAAGAUCCUGACCAGAGACUUUCUACUGAUGUUUCUAGAUUAGCUUCUGCCAUGGCCAGUCUUCCUGGUCAGCUUCUUAAACCUACUUUGGAUAUGCUUCUUUGUGCUAAGGAGCUUUCCAGAAGUGGUGUUGGCAGUGGUGAGGGUACACUUGCCCUAGGCAUGUUGGCACACUUCUCCACCAUUGUGUUGAGAUUCUUCUCCCCACCAUUCGCCAAGUUAGCCUCCGAAAAGGCCAAUUUGGAAGGUCAGCUUCGUUCUGCUCACUCCAAGAUCGUUGCCAACAAUGAAGAGAUUGCCUUCUUGCGUGGUCACGACCGUGAACUCGACUACAUUGAUCUCUGUUAUUACCAGCUAGAACGUUUCUUGAAGAUGGAAUACUGGAAGCGUGCUAUUCACGAAAUUGCCCAAACUUUCAUUGUCAAAUACUUCUGGGGUGCUGCUGGUUUGGUGUUGUGUUCCGCUCCAGUCUUUAUCAACAAGUACUUGGGCAAUGACCCAGAUCCAAACGCUGCUGGUGACUUCAUCACUAACAGAAGAUUGUUGAUGAGUGCCUCUGAUUCCUUGGACAGAUUGAUUUACUCGAGAAGAUUCUUGCUUCAGUUUGUCGGUCAUGCUACCAGAGUCACAUUCCUUCAAGACGCCUUGAAUGCUAUCAAGAAUAGAAAGGUUGGAACUCCUGAUGAGGAUGAUAAGAAUGUGGAGUUCGGUAACGAGAUCACUUUCUCCGACGUUAGACUUGUCACACCUGCUGAUGUUACUUUGGUUGAGAAGCUUAAUUUCAGUAUCAAGCCCGGUCAGCAUUUGUUGAUUGCAGGUCCUAAUGGUUGUGGUAAGUCCUCCAUGUUCAGAAUGUUGGGUGGUUUGUGGCCAUGUAAAUUUGGUAAGAUCACCAUCCCGACCAGUGACAACAUGUUCUAUUUGCCUCAGAGAGCCUACCUCUGCAGAGGUUCAUUGAGAGAACAGAUCAUAUACCCCCACACUAUUGAACAGUUCAAAAAGAACAAACAUGGUAAGACCGAGAAGGAUCUUGAAGAAAUUCUCAAGAUCUUGGACUUGUCAGAUAUCUUGCCUGAGAACAAGGACUGGGACGUUGUCAAGAAUUGGAAUGAAGAAUUGUCUACCGGUGCUCAGCAGCGUUUAGCCAUGGCUAGACUUUACUACCACCAGCCAAAGUUUGCCGUUCUUGACGAGUGCACCUCUGCUGUCUCGCCUUCCAUGGAACAGUUCAUGUACAAGCAUGCCCAGGAGAUUGGUAUCUCUUUGCUCUCUGUGGCUCACAGACCUGCUUUGUGGCAUUUCCACAACCGUUUACUUAAGUUUGACGGUAAGGGCAACUACUAUUUCGGUGUGUUGGACGCUGAGCGUCGGUUGAAGUUUGAGGAAGAGAGAUUGAAGCUUGAGAAGAAUCUCAGAGAUGUGCCAACCUUGAGGGACAGACUUCAAGAGCUUAGAACUGUUUCCAAGUCUCAGCACAUCAGAUAUGAGCACUCUCACCGUGACUUGGUUGAACUCGGAAGAAACUCUCAGGCCCAGAGUAGCGAUGAAAGAACCGAGAAACCUAAGGAAGCCCCAGCGGAAGUGCCAAAGGAGCAGCCAAAGGAGGAACAACCAGCUGAGAGCAAUGCUAAGAAGAAUGACGACAAGAAGAAGAAGAAGAAGUCAGGAAAGAAGUGA